CCGGCAACAAUGGAAAGGAAGAUGGAGAAGAUGGUGCAGAACAAUGUGCAGCAGCUCGGGAAUCGCAUCCCAAAAGCGAAGCGCGCCCAAACCAUUCUGGACAUGGCUCGACUUCAACGUGAAAUGAAGCGACGUGUUGCCGACGUGGAAGAGAGCACGGACGAUGCCAACGACAACUCUGCGCGACAGUUGGAGUGGCACACACCUGGUGUCGCCACGGCGACGCCACUUCGGUCACAUCUACCCACGGAUAUCUCAGAGAAACAUUCCACUUUGACGUCUGGCAAGAAGCGUCGUGUCAUCGAAGACGAUGAGUCCCCGAUGAAACGACGUGCCGAACUGGAGAAUGAUCACGACGUCCCUCAGAAACGCCGCGUCAUUGAUGACGACGAGGAUUCAUCACUUACUCCAUCUAAAGAUGGUCAUACCACAGCAGGAACCGCCCUACCUGAACAAAACAAUCCAUCGAUGUCAAACAAUGCAACUCUGGCAACAACUUCACUGGCAGAGAAGGGAAUCGCGGACCAAAAAAGCUUUGAAUCGUCCACUCCAAGAUCGAUGAGCUUGGACUCGUUGCAGCGAAUCUGCACACCAGGGUAUUCGACACUGGAUGCCCCACUGCCCAUGGCAACUCAUCCAGCACCUAAUUCGGCGUCGACUACGACGACACCACAGCGAGAUCCAUCGCCUCCUUUGGCGACCUUUUGCCCUCCAGUCACUACACUACUUCCAGAUACAGCUCCUAAGAGAAAUCCACCGCCACCGCCAGGAGCUGCACCGCCUUCGCCGGACGUCGUGGUCUUGACGACACUGCCCCUUUCGUCACGCACAGCAAAGCCAGAAAAGGCCAAGGCGCUGUCGGCGCUCUCGUCCAGCUUCAAGUCGAUGUGUUUUUCCACUGAAGACCCCGUCACGUCCAUCGACACCACUCCGGACGGUCAAUGCAUUAUCGUUGCAUUCUCCAACGGUUCGGUUCGGCUCUUUGAUGUCAACAGCACAUGCACCGAGGAACGCUACGGAUACUUGCUUGGCCAUUUGGACGAGGAACUGAACCAGCAGAUGGCGCCGUCCGUCGUCCGAGUUAAAGUGACGUCCGAUGGAUGCUACUGCUUUGUUGGGUGCCGAGGAACCUCUCCGAAAACAAUCAUGGCGAUUCACUUGGACAAGUUUCGACACGAAAAAGACAACGACGAUGACAAUUUGCUAAAGUACUUCAUGAACGACAACAAGUCGCGGGGCUUUGCCGAUGUAUCACCAAAUGCGUCCAAGUCAUGCUUUCGGCGCUACUUUUUUCUCACGGGGCUCGGGCUAGCCGACUACCGCGUGUGGAAGUUUGAUGAACAGGCAGACGGAGCCGACCCUGCGUGGACGCAUUUGUACAAAUUUGGUUCCUCCAGCAACACGGCAUUGCAUGCGUAUUUCUUUUCCGUGACCGAAACGACCGUUGGAUUUGCUGGCGUCGGCAGCGACAGCAACUUGAAGAUCAUCACGUUUCACGCAGAUGUCCCGGCAGGAGAUGCCGCCCCGUCGUCCAAAGACUCGUCCGUCAAGCAAAUCAUCCCCAACACCAAGGACAUUUCAUACAUUAAGGGCAACUUUGCCUACGGGUACUCGCUGGCUGGCCGAUUUUACCGACUCUGCUUGGCUAAUCCGCAAAGCCAUCGCGACACGUUUGACCUGGUCGUGGACGCCGCGCGACGAGGUGGCUCCAGGUCGAUCGGGUUUGUCGACCACAUAUACGCCACGGAUGAUGGAACACACGUGAUUGCGAUUGCUGAUCAAGUCGUGUACUACUGCGCCACGGACGGCGCCUCCAACACGGGCAACUACCUAAUGCACAUGAUCGGGUCGUCGAUUCCGUCGCAGCUCGUACCCAAGUAUGGCAUUCCGGCCGCCAUUUAUGUCCCAAACCACGUCGGCAAUGUUCACGAGCCCAUGUUGCUCUUGACCACCAAUGCAGAAGAAGAACGAGACGGGUUCUUCACGAUGGAUUCGGUGCGCAAACUCCAGCGUCAACUCGUUCGUGGCAAACCGUCGAGUGGGUUGAGCUGUUGGGUGUGUGGCAGCCACUCGUCGUUGCACUGGGGCACACAGGCUGCGAAACCAACGCCAGCCAUCGCGCCAUCUCCGCCCGUGUCGAAGCCCAAAGCCAUUGUGGACAAGCUGAAACCUGUCAAGGAGAAGGCAUCGACAAAUGCUUCGAGCACUUCCAACCAUCACACUCCACCGCAGACCGACGCGAACGGUGCAGUUCCUGCGAUGAUAAACAACAAUGCUACUGCCGCCGCCCGCUUUGAAAUCCUCGAGUUGCGAGAAAAUGUCAAGUCCCUCGAAGCCGAACUCGCCAAGGCUCAGAAACGAGUGACCCAGGUCAAAAACGAAGCCGACCGGCGACUUCGUGCCGAGCUCCAGCUGCGGAGGUCGUGGAAGAAGCAACAGUUGGAGUUCGAAGACCAGCUAGCGACAGCCAACACAACUGUCGACAACCUGACGGUGCAAAAUGCCGCGCUCACGGAGCAGCACAAGGCCAUGGAAGCGCGACUCGCCCAUGAAACAGUGCGGCAAGAACAAGAAGCUGGAGUUCGGCUGCAGUACGACCAACUGUGUUGUCUAGUCCGCGACAAAUUGACCCGCGUGGAUGACCACCAGAAGAUCCUUGAGCAAACAACCAAGUCGAUGCUGCAACUUUUCCAGCGCAACACGAUCGCUCUCAAGAACGACGGCGCCGAGACCACCGUAAUGGAGACCACGUCCGACUGCGUGAUCUGCCGCGACAGACCCGCCAACACGGCGGUGUAUCCGUGUGGCCACUUGUGCUUUUGCGAAGAAGAUGGCGAAAAGUACAAAAGCCACCUGCGCCACCAAAAGCAGUGUCCGGUCUGCCAGGUCGAAAUGGUCUCGCUCCUGCGAAUCUUUGCGCCAUAGUAAUUACAACCACGCUCGUAUCGUCUGUGCUGGAACACGUCACGGGCAAUCGUUGCUGGCGUGAUGGCUUCAAUCACUUCCGAGCCCCAACAAAUACUAGUAUAUCCGAAUCCAUUCAGGACCGAUCCCUUGUCCACAUGCAUCGCAAUGCCAG